ACCAUGAGCAAGUCGACAGGCUGCUGCCAGGACUUUCUACAUUAUGUCUUUGACUAUGAAACACCAAAAACUCUGGUUAUUCCCAGCAUACGUGUAGGAUUUGUCUUCAGGUUCACACAGUUCUUGGUGGUGCUGUAUGUGGUCGGGUAUGUGUGUGUGGUGCAGAAAGCCUACCAGGAGACAGACUCUGUCAGUAGUUCUGUCACCACAAAGGUGAAAGGCUUUGCUUACACCAACAUAUCUGAUAUGGAGCCUCGUUUCUGGGAUGUGGCUGAUUACAUUAUCCCCCCUCAGGGAGAUAAUUCCUUCUUUGUGUUGACAAACAUAAUAAUGACCCCCGGGCAAACGCAGUCACGAUGUGCUGAGCUUCCAAACCCUUCAACUAUCUGUGCAGAUGACUGUGACUGCAUCGAGGGAUACAAUGAUCCUCGAGGCAAUGGCAUUCGGACAGGGCUGUGCGAAAACUAUUCCUCUACUGUCAAGACCUGUGAAGUCCUCUCAUGGUGUCCUCUUGAAAUAGACACUAACCUACCUAAGCGUGCACUCCUGGCUGCAGCUGAAAACUUCACUGUGUUGAUCAAAAACAGCGUUACAUACCCAAAGUUCAACUUUCACAUGAGAAACAUACUUCCCCACAUUAACUCUUCGUACUUGAAGACAUGUGAGUUCAGUCGUGAAACAGACCCUGACUGCCCCAUAUUCCGCCUCAGGCACAUUCUUGCAGAGGCCGGAGAGGAUUUUCAGGACAUGGCUGUAAAGGGGGGUGUCUUUGGUAUUAUUAUUGACUGGAGCUGUGACCUGGACUGGUGGGCAGGGAAAUGUUACCCCAAAUACACCUUCCGCAGGCUGGACAACAAAAACCCAGUUAAUAAUGUAGCCCCUGGGUAUAACUUCAGAUAUGCAAAGUACUACAAAUCACCAAAUGGAGAAGAAACCAGAACAUUAAUCAAAGCCUAUGGGAUCCGUUUUGACGUCAUUGUAUUUGGAACUGCAGGAAAAUUUGGAAUUGUACCAACAAUAGUGAACUUGGGUGCAGCUCUUUCUUUUCUGAGUUUGGUUCCCAUUGUUGCAGACUGGUUUAUGUUAACCUGCAUGAAGAAAAGACACCUUUACAGCAAACAGAAAGUAACGUAUCUGGUUGAAGAACCUGAAACUGAAUCAACUUCAAUAGGUACAAUGUAUGGAACCCAGUAACGGACUGGAGUCAACAUGAGACGAAGUUAUCUACGUAGAAUUUCAACACUGUCCUAGUUAGACUCUUGUAAUCCUUAAAUAAAACUGUUAAUGUGUGUAAAUGGAAG